AUGGCCGCAACGUCCGUCGUCGGAGCGCGUCGCGCCACGUUCUCAACCUCGGGGCUUCUCCCGGUGCUCGUCCUCGCAUUGCUGCUGCACGCGCCCGUCGCGUCCGCCCGCCACUGGUUCUGGAACGACGACAUCUUCCCCGUGGCGCCCACACAGGAAACUACGCCCGCCGUCGCGAUCACCGCCGCGCAGUCCGAGGGAGCUUCGGCGGAGGCUGCCGCGACGCCAGCCCCGGCGGCGCCGGCGCCGCCUCCUGCGGUAUCGUGCUCCGACGCCCCCGUGGACCCUUUCAUCGUGUCCGGAGCCGCGCCUGACCCGUGCGCUGCGCUGGCGGCGGAACUAGUGAGCACUGGCGUUGAGAAAUUGGGGAACAAGACCGGAGGGCUGGGAUUCGCGGCUCCUUCUCUCUUCAAGGCUUGCUACUCCACGUUCCUGUUCAGGAAGGAGUGCGACGUGCAGGACCUGCUAUCCAUCGCGAACGGGUUCGACAAUCACUACGUGUACAAGCACAUCGCCCUGGACUCCCCCGACCAGACCAACCUGCCGAGCAGCAUUGAUAUUGUCGCGGAGCUGCGAAAGAUCGUGGCGAACGGCGAGGCGGGGAAGUACGCGCGGCUGGUGGACGCGCACAUGGCGGCACGCCGGGCGACGUUGGCGCUCAACGACGGGCACAGCAUGUUCGACCCGCACUGCUUCGCUGGCGCCUUCGACUUGCCGUUGCCGCUCGUAGCUGUCGUCGAAAACGGCGGGCAGCAAAUCAUUCGCGUUGCGCCGCGCCGAUAUGUCCCAAAAGGGUUGGACAGUGUUGCGAAGGGUCUGCACGGAUUUGACUUCGCCCUUUAUGAGGGUCGACAGGUGGUGGCUAUUAACGGGGACAAAGCGGAAGAUUUCAUCCGCAAUUGGGCGGACAAGGAAGUGGGCUUCUCUCGCAACCUCGCAGCGCGGUUCACGCGGUCCUUUGCGAGGAAUGUAGCCGCAACAACGCCCAACGGCACGAUGAUCGUCCAGUCACACUACCCGAUGCUCACUCACCUCUCCCUGUGGCUCUUCCCUGCUUCUUCCCUGCUUCUUCCCUGCUUCUUCCCUGCUUCUUCCCUGCUUCUUCCCUGCUUCUUCCCUGCUUCUUCCCUGCUUCUUCCCUGCUUCUUCCCUGCUAUUUGCUUGCUGCGUUUCACCCCACUCGUCCUCGUUCGCGCUUCAUGUGUCCCGUCCCCCCCCCACACCCACCCUGUAUGUGCCGCACCCCCUGCGAUUCUCAGGGAUGGAGCGUCAACGGAGAACGUAGAGGUGCCAUGGAUUGGGAUGGCUAAGCUUGCUGACUUCGCGAAUGCCACCGGGUAUUGGGCGAGUCACUGUGCCGUACCGAACCCGUCAGCUGCUGCCACUGCCGGCACCGGCGCGCAGGCAAGCAUGUUCGGGCAUGCAGAUACCCCGAUAAACGAUUUUCUCGAAGGCCAUUCCGCUCCAGUCUACUAUGAUGAUACCAGCGAUGGCAGCCACACACCGGACGACCUCAAUGUUGAGACCGCGUCCCUUUCUGCUGCAGCAGAUGGCUCUUCUGGUGCUGUAGCGGGGCCGACUGUAAAGAGGAUCUCUCCAAAGAAGGAUUUCUUCCUGGUAUACCUUGUGGGGGGCAGCACGGCAGUGAUCUGGAUUCACGUGUUUUACCCGCCCGUCGCAACAAGGUCGUUCGCGGAGAAGUUAGCCGCGGGGACGUUCAUGGAGGAGGAGAUAUCCAAGGCUCUUCACACCGCUGCAGCGUCAUGCUCUCUUCGUAUGCCUCUUCAGUCAUCGCCUGCCUUGCGCCAUUCAUCUCAAUCAUCAAUUUCGCACCACCUUGCCCUCUCUUGCCCUCUCUUGCCCUCUCUUGCCCUCCCCCCCAUGCCCCCCCCCACACUCCCUUCCAUGCCUGCCUUCCCCGUGCCCCUUUCCAGCUCCAACGCCUCGCAGGUCAUCAUAGACGUGCGCGGCAACGGGGGCGGGUCCGUGCAAGCGGCGUACAGAGCGGUGCGCGUGCUCAUGGGGGCAGCCAAGGUGCCCGACGCGCAGCUCACGCCGCCCAUGGACUUUGUCAUCGGCACGCCGUACACCGAGAAUGCCAUGGGCGUGCUGGCAGUGGACAACACCACGGCGCCGCACUACUACCUCGGCCUCUACUCCGACCUCAACGGCACCGCCCUCUCCAGCGCCUUUGACUACGCGCCUUUCCGCCACCUGCGCUUCACAGAGGGCGGCCGGGCGGGCACCUACUCGGCGCCGUUCAAGUUCGACCACAAGGGGCAGCUGCCCGUGACGGACGAGCAGCCGGUGCUUGGCGACCGCCCCUUCCUCGUGCUGUCGGACGGAGACUGCUUCUCCGCCUGCGCUGUCCUCACGCACCUCCUGGGGAAACGCCACAAAGUACCCAUGGUAACCGUGGGUGGUUUGCCGAACCAGCCCCCUGACGUGAGCUCCUCGUGCCUCGGGUUCACCCUGACUGACUUCUAUGCGAUGGCUGAAGGCCUGUACAAGCUCGCUGCCACGGACCCACAGAAGGGGUCAAUGCCUCUCAAGGUGCAAGGGGCGGUGAGAAUGGCGUUCACCAACGCGUACGUGGAUUCGGAGAUUCCGUGCGAGUUUGAGUUUCUGCCCAGCCAGCACCACGUCAACUACACCGUUGAUCUCAUUGCCAAGCCCUGGGCCAUGUGGAAUGAGGUGGCCAAGCUCUUCGGCUCCGCUGCAGCCUAG